CACCGUACUGCGCAAUGAAUGAUAUCACGUGCAAAAACAAGGGCUACAAGCAUUUGUUUGAUAUGUAGCUUGGUUAAAUGAUUAGCAUACACGAACUUGCUUAGCUAAACCGUUGUUACUUGUUAAAACACGCUGAAAUAGAUCGACACGUUAGGUCAGGUUAUGGUCCACCCACUUCUUAGUUAUAUGUGAGAUACGUUGACAGUUUGACGUUUAAUGUUAGUUAGCAUUAUGCUAUCAUUAAGCUAAGGAGUCACAGCCGACUAGCGUUAUGUUAGCUGACAGUUCAUGAAGGGAAAUCUUGUCCGUAAAAGAACAAGUUGGGUAUCGUUAUUUCAACCUUCUGACAUAAUUUACUGAAUAUCUGCUCAUUGGUUAUUACCUGAAAUACCCGCAACAAGUGAAUUUAGUUGACAGGGGACACCGAUCAUGUCGGACGUGGACGCCCUCAUUGUCACUUUUCAGACACAACUCUCAGAUGUGAUGGAGACUGUGGUAAAGACAGCCAUGUAUGAGGUGACCAGGUUGGUGGAAGACGGCUUCUUGGAGGAGGUGAAGCGCAGGAAGCAGGAGGUGGAGUCCCUGAGGUCGCAGUUGCAAUGGGCUGAAAAGAAACUAAGUACCCAAGAGGGGAAAGAAACAGGGAAAAUGGGACGGUGUGUUGAUUGUGCCAAAGAUGAUGUAGAACUGUCCACUGAAAAUACAAGAGAAAGUCCCACAGAACAGAAGGAUGACAUUUUGAAGGGCAGUGGUAUGAAAGAAGAGGGUGGCUCAGCAGAAAGGUCGACAAGUGUUGGACAGGAAGUCAUUUCAGUGUCAUCACAGGCAGCAGACAAUCCUCACAGUCUUGAAAGCAUACCACAGGCAACUGAAGAAGAAAUUGUGUUGUCAGCUAUGGAUGUGAAGGAAGAAGUAGUUAAUCAGCUGUCUUGUUCUUCUGGGUCUUUGGGAAGGUGGUGUGGUACCCUCGAUGGUGAAGCAGGACCUGAAUUCCACAGUAGCGGUGAGAUGGCCGGGGCACAGUCAAAACAGACUCAAGAAAGCAACGAGGAAUUAUUGAGGAAUGUCAUUAAACAAGACCCAGCGAUACCUGCUGUAAAUGUUUUUCUUAAAGACCAGGAGGACACACACAUGGCUACAGAUCAAUCUCAUAAUUCAUCCUUGAAACUAGACAGCAGUUGGGUUGGUGUGACUGUCAAAACAGCCCCGUUCCUGUCGAAUCACCGACUAGGAACUGACAAAGACUGUGAUCCAGCCAAAACUAAAGGUCCUCUAAAGCAUACAGAGCACAAACUGUCCAACUCUGUCACAACAGAUGUUCCCCCAGGCAGAGAUCAGAUUUCAUGUUCAGGGUCCCCUAAGGCAAUACUGCACAGUGAUGUGCUGGGUGUGACAAUAAAGCAGGAAGUUAUUGUUGAUUCUGAUGGGUAUGAGGAAAGUGAGCACACAGAAAAGAAAAUGACAAAGUCAGGAAUGGCUUCUUUCUCAUGUUCAGUAAAACAGCACAGGGUGCGUUUAGAAGCACACAAACAGAACUGCAUUUCCCAUAAAGCCACUGUGCAAGAGGUUAUGAGGCUGAAUCCCAAGGUGGCUACAGGUGUCAGAUUGCAGGCUGCUAUACAGCACCUCCACCGACCAAUGAAAAAGCCCCCUCACACACACACGAACAGUACCACCACAGCACUGGCUGUAGCUCAGUCUCAAGUUGUGACCGUAAAUGCAAUCAACAGAAUGCCCUCCACAUCUAAAGCCACUUCACCUUCUCUGCUCUCAGUUCAGCGAGUUCACCUGGGCGACAAACAAACUACUACACUUAACCGGACUGGUGUGCCAUGGCUCAGCAUCAAAACCCAACAUCAGUCGGCAAACUUGCAUCACGCUCACCCCUUAACGCAUCCAGACUCUCAACUUCACUCUUACCCCAGGCACCCCCUGCGCUGUGGCCAGUGCGGGAAGUGCUUCCCCCACCCCAGCAACCUGAAGGCCCACCUGCAGACUCACACUGGCGAGCGGCCUUUCUGCUGCUCCCUCUGUGGUCGCAGCUUCACAAAGCUGAGCAACCUCAAGGCCCACCGACGAGUCCACACCGGAGAGAGACCAUACUGCUGCGUGGCAUGUGGAAAACGCUUCACCCAAAAAUGUAACCUGAAACGUCACCAAAGGAUCCAUCUAGAUGGAUCAUGAUGGGCAGCCAGCGAUAAAAAAAACAACAUUUUUUUCCUUCGUUUAGAAUAAGAUGCUACAGUGUUUCCGUUUAAAUGGAAGACGGUGUCUGUGUGCAUCGAAAAAAUGCUUCGUGUACUCGUCUUUUAAAGUGAUUUUUCAAGUUCUUCUGUGCAUUACAGACAGGUUCAUCUAGAAACGUCUGAAGUUUUGGUGUCAUUGAAGAAUGAAAUGUAGCGUAUGUGUGCGUUAUAGGUCAGUUGUCAUUUUUGUUCAAUAAACAACUUUGUAAU